AUGGAGCCUCCAAGAAAACGCUCGAGGUCAUCAGAACCCGUCUCCACAUCAAAUGAGACGCAAACGAGUGACACAGGGCACCCACGCUGCUAUCUGACCCGCAUGCCACUCGAAUUGCUCGCCGAGAUACUAUCCUACACCCUAUCGCCCCGCGAUAUCCUCGCUCUUGCGCGGACAAGUAGGCAUUUCUGCACUGUGCUCGUUAACAACAAAUCUACGGAGUUCAUCUGGCGCCAGGCGCGCGCGAGGGCAGUCCCGACUCAGAUCCCCGACUUCACCCCUAACUUCACCGAGGCGUCUUACGCCUCUUUCUUGUUCGACAGCAAGCACUGCGAGAUUUGCAAAAAGAAGACACGCGAAAUGUAUCAUUCCUUCGCUCUCCGUGCCGUCGUCUGUGACAAGCCGAACUGCCGCGAAUUGUGGAGAUCGAGGGUACUCCUCCAGAUAACCCCAGAAGACGAGGUCAAAUAUCCCGAGUUUCUGCACUGGAUACCUCGCUUGGAGCGCACAGAAGAGCCCUAUGGCAAAAAGAUCUACGUGCGGAAAUCUGACUGGCAACAAGCAAUCAACGAGCACAAGAAGAUCCACAUCCUCGGCGGCCCCGCACUUCAGGCGUACGUCACGGAGAAGCAGGCGUUGGCGGACGCUCUCCCUGCCAAGCUUGAGUUCAGCAAGGCGUUGGCGACAUGGGGCAUGCUCUACGAGAUCAUACGGGUGGAGACCCUGCAGAGAAACGACAAGACGGCUAUAGCUUUAGCAAAGCGGCUCCAGUGCGAGAUCCGUGACCUGCUCCAUACGCCGUCCUACAGUGCCAUCCACAACGCCAGGAAUCGCAACCUUGAGCUCGUGACUCCUCAAGACAUUGGCGAAGUGAAGGACCUGAUCAAAGGGGAGAUGGAGGCUCACAAAGAGCGCGAGGCACAUCGGAAGGAAGAGCGCGCUCUGCAGGGGCGGCUCGAGGAAGUCCAAACCACGUGGAACGACCUCAGGGCCAGCUCGGCGACGAAGGAGUUGACCAAAGGAGCUAUCCCUAACGUGAACGAGUUCCGCAAGCUCUCCGUCGUUAAGAUCUACCAAAAGUCCGGGAUCGGGAAGGAGCGCAGUCUUGGCGAUCCGUUCGUCGCUUCUGUGCUGGCGGAGAACCUGGACCAGUGGCGGGACGCUGCGCGGGCAGGCCUCGCCGCUGUGCUCGGUUUUCCCGGAUGGAAGAACCUGAGCAAGAAGAAGCUGCACCCUGUAGAUCGCCUCACGGCUAGAUUCCGAUGCCAAAGGUGCGAUAAGGUUGCAAGCGACAACAAGAUCGUUCUCGAUGAUGGAGGGAUGGACUUCGCGGAGGCAUGCAGGCACGUUUGCGACCAUGUAAAGAAGAGGAAACGGAACAAGGAAAAGUGGAGCGCGGAGCGGUUCGUCCCAGAUCAGCGCGCUGUCGAUGCGAUCUGGCAAGUGCUCUCCCUGUGCGGUGCUACGUCGGAAGACGUCGAUUCUAUUCGCUUAGCCGAAGAAGUCGGAGAUCGCAUUCAGUGUCAGUCCUGCUCGUGCGUCAUGGACGUGCGGAGCGUUGCUCGGCACUGCAAGCGUCACGUCGACUGCAGCUUCGCACUGCUUCCCGUCGAAUUGUCGCCGACUCGGCCGAUAGAACACGGACUAACGCGAAAGCUGAUGCGACCAAUCUCGGAGGCUGCUGGGGCAAGAGAUCUAAAGCUGUACGGCUGCAGGCAUUGCGCGCGAGCUGCUACCGAGGCCGUCACCGACAACAAGCAGUCGCGCAAGGUGUUCAGCUUCAACGGGCUGAGAUCCCACCUCAAGGAGAAACACUCUAUCCUACGGGUAGCGGAUGAGGAUUUCUUCCGCCAGAAGGACACCGCCGCCACAGACGCUAGUGCCAUCAGUAACGAUGCUUGAUGUUCACAACCUCGCUGUCAACCCCGCAUUUCCCCGCCCUGACGACCCCAAUUCCACGGCAGCCGUAGCUCAUUGCUUGUUGUGUGCUAACUUGAGCAUAUCGUGUCCCCCAGCUUGAAGUUGCUUGGAGCUAUUUUCGCGAACAGUUGGCCCUGGACGGGGCUACAUAUAUAAUGCUGCUUGA